UACGGGCAUUGCGGAUUUCAGUGGCUUUACUGUCUUCGUGAAUGAUUUCACAGCUGUUGAGCAUCAUGACAUUGCAGCAACGGGCUUGCGGUCUUGUGAUUUUUCGCCGAUUUCAAGGUACUAUUCAAUACCUGCUAAUGCAAACAUCGUACGGAGAACAUCACUGGACACCGCCUAAAGGUCACGUUGAUUUGGAUGAAUCUGAUAUGGAGACGGCUUUGCGCGAGACUCAAGAAGAAGCUGGAUUUGUAUCAAAUGAUUUGAAAAUCUUCGAGGACGUGAGGCACGAAAUGUCGUAUAAAGUGAAGGGAAAACCAAAAAUCGUUAUCUAUUGGUUGGCGGAGCUGCUUAAUCUGGACAAGCCUGUGAGAUUGUCGAAUGAACAUCAAGCAUUUGACUGGCUCCCGCUGCGCGAGGCGUGUGAUCGCGCAAAAUACGACGAGAUGCGGAAAGCACUCAACGAGUUUGAUAAUUAUGUAUCGCGAAAUCUUUCGUAGGUUUUGUUC